GCCGCCGCCCCGGGCUGCUGAGCUGAGCUGGGAGAAGCAGCGCGCCGACGAUGCAGUGGGUCACCCUGGCCGUGGCCCUGGGCUGCGCGGCGGCAGCCGGCCUGGCCCGGGCCUCGCAUGGCAGCCCCACCCCUACGCCCACCUCCACGCACACCCCCCUGGUGGACAACUCCGAGGAAGAAGUGGACGAACCCUGCUUCGAACCGUGCACGUGCGAGGUCAAAGAAGGCGUGUUCCACGUGCACUGCGAUGGGCGGGGCUUCACCAACGGCAGCCAGGUGUCCCAAUCGUGGGUCCGCCCUUUCAAACUCAACCUCCAGAGGAACUCGCUAAGGCGUCUCUAUAGCAACGGCUUUCAGCACCUAGGCAACGCCGUGUCGAUAAACCUGGGCAACAACGCUCUGCAGGACAUCCGGGUGGGCGCCUUCCACGGCUUGGCCAAGCUCCGACGGCUCUACCUUCACGAGAAUAAGCUGGAGGUCUUCAGGAAUGACACUUUUGCCGGCUUGGAGGCUCUGGAGUACCUCCAGGCCGACUACAACGUGAUUAAACGCAUCGACAGCGGCGCUCUGAGGUUCCUCUACAAGCUGCGGGUUCUUAUCCUCAACGACAACCUGAUCCCCAUCUUGCCCGCGCAUCUCUUCAGAUCUGUGUCGCUGACUCAUCUGGACCUGAGGGGAAACCGUCUGAAGAGUCUGGCAUACGCCGGGACCUUGGAAUACGUGGGUCGCUCCCUGAUGGAGAUUCAGCUGGAGGAGAACCCCUGGAACUGCGGCUGCGAGGCAGUGCAGUUGCAGCAGUGGCUGGGUCAGAUCCCCUACACGGCCGUGGUGGGGGAUGUUACCUGCGAGUAUCCCUUCCAUCUUCACGGCAAGGACUUGAGGGAGAUCCCUCGCAAGGAGCUUUGCGCUGAGCUCCCGGAUAAGGACUUGCAAGCGGAAGGCAGGCGAGCCACCGGGGCCACGCAGCCUCAACACUUGCCCCCUAAUUCCAAACCCAACUCCCACCCGGGGCGGGUUAGACCCACCAAACCGUCCUCCAUGGUGCACGGCUCCCGUCAGAACACUCAUACCACCUCCACGUCUUCGUCCUCUUCCUCCGCCGAGCGCAGGGACCGGGAUAAGCCCCCACGGCCUACCAAGAGGCCUCGGCCUUCCAGGACAUCGCCCACGUCACGGAGCCCCAACCAGAACCCCCCUAUAGCGGGCUACCAGACCCGGCCGCCCAUUCCCAUCAUCUGCCCGAUGGGCUGCACGUGCAACCUGCACAUCACCAACCUUGGCCUGACCGUCAACUGCAAGGAGAAUGGCUUCGUCAACGUGUCGCAGCUGACGCCGCGACCGCUCAACGGACGCAAGCUUUUCCUGAGCGGGAACUUGAUCCAGAGGAUCUACCGCACCGACUUCUGGAACUUUUCCAGUUUGGAACUACUGCACUUGGGGAGCAACCGCAUUUCCUACCUACAAGAAGGCGCUUUCUCCAGCCUGACCAGCCUGAGGAGCCUGUACCUGAACGGAAACAACCUAGAGCGGCUCAGCCCCGAAAUGUUCCUGGGGCUGCAAAAUCUCGGGUACCUUUACUUUGAGUACAACGAGAUCCGAGAGAUAGACCGAGGAACCUUGGACCCCAUGCCCUCCCUGCAGCUUUUGUUCCUCAAUGCCAACCUUCUAAAGAGUCUCCCUCUGGGCGUGUUUUCCGGAGUCAACCUGGCCCGCCUCAACCUGAGGAACAACCACUUGCUGCAACUCCCCAUGGAAGGUGUACUGGAGCAUCUCACCGGCUUGGUGAAGGUGGACCUGCAGCAGAAUCCGUGGGAGUGCAACUGCGAAGCGGCGCCCCUCAAGCGCUGGCUGGAUGGCCUCAGCGCGGUGGUGGUGGUGGGCGAGGUGGUGUGCCACUCCCCAGAAAAAAACAAAGGUGUGGACCUGCGCUCCCUCUCCAUGGAGCUUCUGUGCCCGGAGCUGGAGGCCCAGGAGGACCAGGAGCAGCCAAAGGUCACCUCCACCGCGCCCGAAGGCGGCGCGGCGCACGGCCAUCCCGACCCGGAGCCUGGUCCCUUGAUCCCGCCUGGGAGGGACUCCAUCCCGCUCUCGGUUCUGGUUCUAAGCCUUCUGGUUCUGUUUGUGUCUGCGUUCUUCGCGGGGGCGGCGCUCAUCGCGUACACCCUGAGGCGGCGGGACAAGCUGCCAUUCCGUCGCCAGGGCGAGGUGGACCUGGCCGGCAUCCAGAUGGAAUGCGGGAUCUUCGCCGAGGGGACGCAUCACCACCAUCAUCAUCACCACCACGGACUGGCCGAGACGCCACCUCAACACAACCACGUCUACGACACCAUCUCGGUCGCCAAAAGCCCCGGCACCGAGGAGGCCAAAGUGCCCGGCGAGUACCGCUUCACGGCUGAGAAAGACCGCGAAUGGACCCUCCAGGUGACCUCGUCCCCCAUCAGCACCGUUGCCGGGGCAGUGGCACCGCUCGCACCGGGCCUCCACGAGAACGGCAUCCUGUGCCCCACAGUCAUCGACAGCCAGGGUCCAACGCCUAAGGUAGAACUGGUGGACUGCCUCUUCAGACUCCCCGCCCCGGAGUUCCGGGAUCUGCCGGACAGGUACGCCAGGCCGCCGCCCUGCUACCCUCACCCGCAGGACGCCCAGCCGCAGGACGCCGCCUCCUCUGCCGGGCCUCAGACGCGGGUAGUCACCACGACCUCCACCGAGCAAGGCGGCGGCGAGCAGGGCACUCGGCUGAUGACCACGCCGGACUACAUGGAGGUAUUGGACCGCUCGUACCAGUUUUAGCCCCUCUCAGGCGGUCCUGUACAGAGUCUGGCGAGGCACCCUUAGGGGGGGACUGCACUAUAAACUAUUCCUGGAUGAAAAGCUGGGUCACUUUUUUUGCCCCGCAUUCUACUUGCAUCGGUGAGGAUUACCGGUUUCCCGGAUCUCCGCCUGGAGGGAUGACUCGAGCUACGCUUUGGUUGCGGGGGCGUUUUCACGCCGGCGGCAGCGGUCCGCAACAUCAAAAGCUGGAGGAUCGGGUUGGGGGGAAAAAAACAGCUAAAAGUGCCUUAGCGACGAGCAGCCAGCAAGUGCGGUCGAGGCUUAUUUUUCUAAUGAAUACAGAUCUAUUUAUCUAAACUACUACAUGAAGGAUAAGAUGACCAAUUUGAGUGAAGGAGCAGGAGAUCCCAAAAUAUAUGAUUGGAAUUGUUUCGAUUCUUUCAUGUCAUCCCCAUUAACGCCAUUAGCAUAACAACUGCUAGCAUAUUAGCAUUUGUUUUGUUCUCAUUAAAAACUGUUUCAGCACUUUGUCCAAUCAGGUCGCCAUCUUAUAUGAUAUCUUAUUAACUUUCAUUUCUAUCAAAGCGCGAGUCAUUCCCUCGAUUUCUGAGCAAACUCCAGCCUUUCAGUCAGCUCUUUAGCAUUGACCCGCCAAUUCUACCAACAUGGCAUUUUCAGUUGAUUUUGAAUAGCGGCCGAGAGCGGACGAACACUGCGGCGGUGGAUUCAUUUGGACAAGCUUCGAGGAACCCCGGCUCCACCUUUUAAUUGAACUUUUCUUUUCUCCUCAAACUAUGGACCAAAUGCGGGACUUUUUUUGACAACAAAAAGACAAAAAAAAAAAAAGACAAAACUUAUCAACUAUCAACAAUUAUCUUUUACCAAGGUACCUUUUUACGUGCUCAUCUCCUACAAAUAUUAGAGGCAGUUGUGAAUAUAUUUAUUCUUUGUUUUUUGGGGUUGUUGUAAGGGAUGGCGUUACUAUCUUGACUGUAUAGUAUGAUUCUGCAUCUGCUUCAGACGCCUUCUUCUUCUUCUUCUUCUUCUU